GGUCGUGUCGUUCGCGCGUCGCGUACGCCAGCAGGAGUUUGUAAUCGGCAGUAAUCGCGUAAACAGCGUGUGCUCCGUAUCUACACGCGCCAACCGAACGCCAAAAAUCCUCACAUGGCAUUUCAGGAUUAAGGAUAUUCGUGCCAGUAGUGUUUUCUUUCAUGUCAAUAUUUAGAAUAUACUUUAAGUUCACAUUAAGCAUAAAUCAUAACCUGCAAAAGAUUUUUCUACUGUUUUGAUAAGAUUUGUGCGGUGUUUUUGUGCAAAGUGAAGUGUUGAGUGAAAAUGAAAAGAAUGGCGGAUAUGCAGACACAUUUUCCACCGACGACUUAUUCGUCGUCGUUCUUUUUGAAUUCUAUCGCCAAUGAAGAGGAACAGGACAAACAAUCGAAAAGCAGUAAAAACCAAGGAGGCAAUCACGCCGACGAUGCGGACGGCCCCCAAUUGCUGGACUGCUUCAUAAAAACAUUCGUGUCAACAAGAAGCACAUCCAACAAAGAUUCCAAUCCAAAUUCCAACUCGACAUCGAAGAAUUCAUCGAAUUUCUCGCCGACAACGAACAACGACAAGGCUACCGAAAAGGAGCUGAACGAUGUGGACGCGUGGAAAUCGCGCCAUCAGAACAAAUCCCGUGGCAGCAGCGCUUUCAAACGCUGGAGGAAGACAAACCUGAAGACUCAGAAUCAAAUUAAAGAAGUUUCCGCGCCGAACGUUAACGGCAAGGGGAAAGAGGACGAGAUGUCGCUGCUCAAAUUCUUAGCAAUUAAUGCGUUAGACUUGAGUGCUCCCGCAAGCGAUGUCCUUCUCAAGAGCCGCAGUUCAAACUGGUUCCAAUUAUCGGGACAUCCAGAUAGUCUUGCGCCUGCAGGUCCUGGAACAGUCUGGAAAAGCGGUCUGGCAGUCAAGACGCCAGAACGCAUCGUGUACGAAGCAGUUUCGGAAGACGCCUUUGUUAAUGACAUUAUCCCGAAAUACUACCGCGAGGUGGAAUACCAAGGCGAGAAGUUUAUCGAAUUGCAAGACCUUUUACAUGGGUUUAAGGAUCCUUACGUGAUUGACAUCAAAAUGGGAACGAGAACCUUCCUGGAAAGCGAAGUGAGCAAAACCACAGCACGUUCAGACCUCUACCAGAAAAUGAUUGCUAUUGAUCCUACUGCACCUACGCCCGAAGAACACGCUGAGGGAGCUGUUACUAAACUGAGGUACAUGCAGUUUAGGGAACAGCAGAGUUCAUCCUGCAAUCAUGGGUUCCGCAUCGAAGCAAUGAAGUGCCGUGGUUCCGCUCCUGUGACUGAUCUUAAAAAAGUUAAAUCCACGGAACAAGUGGUCAACACCCUGGAUAUGUUCCUGAACGGUCGACCGGACGUCAAACAGCGGCUGGUAAAUCGACUGCAGGAAAUGCGCUCAAAGAUUGAACAAUCGGAGUACUUCAAAAGGCAUGAAGUCAUCGGCAGCAGUUUAUUCAUCAUCUAUGAUAACAAUAAAGUGGGAGCAUGGCUCAUCGAUUUUGCGAAAACUCUUCCACUGCCUGCUGGUAUGACUGUCACGCAUAGAGACGAGUGGCAGCAGGGAAAUCAUGAAGAAGGAUUGCUCUACGGAUUCGAUCAACUGAUUAGUAUUAUCGAUGGACUUCAAUCGAGUAAGUGCGGUAGCGAUCGCAUUAGGAAAACCCUCAACGCCGUCACAUUGAAAACGUAGAAGACUGCGUUAGAAUAAAUAAAAUUAAUAAGAUUCUAGUCAUGAGCGUUGCUUACUUGCAAACGAAACAAAGAAUGAACCGAGAAAAUCGACGAAAUCGGCAAUUAACUUCUAAGAUGUAUCAUAAUUGUUUAAUUCUCAAGUAUUACCAAUGAACUUAACGAACUUUUUUAUGAGAAUGCUAUGUAUCUAGUCAAUUACUUACUUUACUUAGUUGUUAGAACUUAUUUAUGACAACGAAUUGGUGUCAAUCAGAACGAUGGUUAAUUUUGCGACAUUGAUGUACGAUUUUGUACUUUUUAUAAGCGUGGUCCCUAAGGGAUUAUUUUCUAUAGGAUUUUAUUCGAAACACCGUCACGAGAAUGGCUUUAUAUGUAAAUAAUAUCGUUGUACUUAUUGUAUGAUUGACUUGGAUAUUGAUCUAUAAAUUAUUUUUUGUAAUAAUAAGCUAUACACAAGUGA